AGGAGAAAUGGGCCUCCUGAGGACAGUGUGACGUGUAAGUCUGGCCACCAACCUGCCACCAGCCUGGGAGGAGGACCAUGGAUGGCAUCAUUGAGCAGAAGAGCACACUGGUGCACAGUAAAAUCAGCGAUGCUGGCAAGAGAAACGGCUUAAUUAACACUAGAAACUUCAUGGCCGAGAGUAGGGAUGGGCUGGUGUCCGUUUACCCAGCUCCCCAGUACCAGAGCCGCCGUGUGGUGGCCAGCACUGUGCCACCCAUCCUGGACAGUGGCAGGAAUGAGCCCGCACAGCAGUUGCUGGACCCCAACACCCUGCAACAGUCAGUGCAGCCCCACUCCCGGGCCAACAUCAUCCUGUACUCAGAGGGCCUGCUGCGCUCCUGGGGCGAUGGUGUGGCUGGUGAUUGCUGUGAGACAACAUUCAUCGAGGACCGGUCCCCCACCAAAGACAGCCUGGAGUACCCUGAUGGGAAGUUCAUUGACCUCUCUACUGAUGACAUCAAAAUCCACACGUUGUCCUAUGAUGUGGAGGAGGAGGAUGAAUUCCAAGAGCUGGAGAGCGACUACUCCAGUGACACUGAGAGUGAGGACAACUUCCUCAUGAUGCCGCCUCGGGACCAUCUGGGCCUCAGCGUCUUCUCCAUGCUCUGCUGCUUCUGGCCUCUGGGCAUCGCUGCCUUCUACUUGUCCCAUGAGACUAACAAAGCCGUGGCCAAGGGGGACUUGCACCAGGCCAGCACCAGCUCCCGGAGGGCCCUGUUCCUGGCCGUGCUGUCCAUCACCAUCGGGACUGGCGUCUAUGUGGGCGUGGCCGUGGCCCUCAUCGCCUACCUCUCCAAGAACAACCACCUGUGAGCUUCCUGCAGGCAUAGGACAGAGGCACAGCCAGAUCUGCGGGG